AUUCUAUGUAUGAAUGAUCGCCAGAAAGUGGGAAAGCUAACCGGGUUUAAAUUACGGGCUACCCGUACCACCACUUUUUUCUAUCUUUAUUAUGCUUUAUGAUGAGGCCAGGCCUUACUUAUGAGGGUUGCGAUCGUAUUAUUUUUCCUCUUUCUUCUGGCGUCUAAGCCUCUCAUUAGCAUAGGAUCAGAUCAUCGAAUGUCGGUAUUUAUCAUAUUACGCCCCGGUGCGACAAGCCACCUGGUUGGAAAAGGCCAAAAAGGUGAAAAUUACACUGGUAAUUCAGGCAAGGUAAGCGGCUCAUUCCGCUGUAACGUAACCAGGGUGGGCUGUCGCGCUAAGGUAGUUGCAUCGGCUUUGGUGCCAAACUCGGGAAGGGCCGAGCGAUGCUGCAGCGGAGCCGACGUCUGCCACGUGAAGUUGCAAGGGUCCAGACUCCAGCAGGGACGCUAAGACCUCCCUAGCCCCGAAGAGGUUUGGAUCGUCUGACGCCCGCUCCAGCAGUUCUCGUUAAAGACGACAAAGGGGACGGCUUGUCGUGUCAGGGGGUCACUUGUUCCUAGCUUCAAGUCAA